UUUGUAUACAGACAUUUUCUCUGUGUAAUAGUUUUCUAUUUCAAUUUUUUAACUUAUCAGUAGUAUAAUACAUUAGGUUUUUUUUUUUCAAAUAAUAAUUUAUGAAAUAUUUACUUGCAAUUAAUAUACUCUAUUUAUAAUCGACCUAUCAAUUGUGACGCGAUUUGUUUUAAGAAUCCUGAUGAAUUUUUUUUGAACAAACCCUUUUCAACUAUUACAAUAUUCUAAUUGGAACAGAAAAUAUGUAGUCUGUUAACCAUAUGUUGACAUUAUUCAAUAGUAAACGUUAUAUAAAUGUGGUUAAUUUUUAAAAAAAAAUGGACGUAAGUGACUUUAAUACCAUGUUGGCUAAGUUUACGUACAUAGAUUUGUAAUUUGAAUUAGUUAAAUAAUUAUAUCACUAAAAUUACAUUUUAUAACAAUUGAUUAAAUUGUGUAGAAUACUGCCCUAGAGCAAAAGUUAAACAGUAAAACUGCAGCCCUUACGGUGUUGAGUAAUGAAUUGGAAAAAUGUCGAAUAGAACGUGAUAAUUUGAAAGUUAUUUUGGAAAACAAAAUGUUAAACAACUCAUAUAACAGAGUAAAAUAUUGAUUAUGAUUAUAAUUAUAGAUUAUGUGUAAAUUAAAUUUUAUGUUCUUAGAAUUACCAAUUGAACUAUGAUAAACUUGUUAAUCAACUCAGAGAAGAAAAUAAACUAUUGCGGUUGGAAACCGAAGACGUACGUCAAAAAUUGCACGACGCACAAGGGGAUAAUCAAGUAAGGUUUUUUAUUUUAAAUCAAAUUUGUUGAUAUUUUAAAUCUAUGAAUUUAUAUUAUACAUUAAAACUAGUUAUGUGAGAUUUUAAUCUAAUAUUUUGUAUAAAGACAAGAUGAGCACAUUAUUUUUCAUCAGAUUUUUUUUAAAAUUAGAUUUACUAUAAGUUUCCAGAAAUAUAUUUAUUACAAUUUUUAAAAAAUUAAUUUUGGGUAAUAAUUGCUAAAACAAAAAAUAUAAUUCUGUAAAUCUUACUAUAUCUAUUACCUGGUAAUGUAAUUAAUUUUUUUUUAAAUUUAUAAAGUAUACUUAAUAUUGUGGUAAUAGGUAUUAAGAACUGGUGGCUUUGUCAAAGAUUGUAUUAACACUGUCUUAAUGAGCUCUAACAGUAAAGAAGAAUUGGUGAAAAAUUUAGAAAUAAUACAUUCAAAAGUAUGUACUUAUUGUGUAUUAUUAUGUAUUUGAUUAAAAAUGUAUAUAUUGUAUUUGUGUUUUUUUUUUUUAAAUAUCGUUUACUGAUGUUUUUCAGUAUCAGCAGUUGAAACGCGAUUUCAGUUUGUUGCUUGACGACAAACAAGAGUUAAUCACAGAACGAGAAGGUUUCCGAAAUAAAAUUAGACGAUUAAAUUAUGAACUAGCAGCCUCUUUAAAUGCAAAUAUAAACCAACGAGUUUUAGACAUUGAUAGUAUAUUGUUAGAAAAUAAGUAUGUACAUUAAAACUAUUUUUACAUACGUACCUAUAGAAUUCAUAAAAAAAAAAAUCAAUUGAAUGAAAUUCAGGUAUUUAAAUGAAAGGCUGCAGUUAGAGGUCGCCGAAAAGGAAAUGAUUAAGAAAACAAAUUCAUUAUACCAGGUUUAUGUCCCUUACAGCUUCUUACGGUAUACUAUUUUUGAUCGUAGAAUGUUUGUAUUGUACAGUUGAAGAAUUUAUCAUGAAGUAUUAGGAUAUUUUAAUAUUUGUGUACAAUGUAGUUUCAUGGAUGGUGUUUCAAGCACCUAAUUGUGAUUUUAUGUUUUAAAUCUAAAUUUCAUAUUAAAAACAAUAAAAUCUCUAAGUACUAUGUUUAUUAGCUUAUAUAUUAAAGUCAGUUUUAAAUGUUUAAUUAUUAUUGCAAAAACCAACAGUGCCUUGAAAACAUUUUUGCCAUUUAUUUAUUUUUUUUGUUUUUCAUUACCAAUUUUCCUUUGAUUAAAAAUAAUCAAAUCAUCACUUUAUUAGUAUUGCAUAUUAUGCAUCCAUUAAAUUAUUAAAUAAUUAGAAAAUACAAUAUUUAUUAAAAUUAAAUAUCAAGUCCUAUAUUAAGAUUUAUUUUAUUUACAUCAUAUUGUAUAUAUUUUAAGUUCAUUAUUAUUAAUAUUUAAUUUACUUUUUUCAGAAUACAUCAACGAUAGUAGAAGAAACAUCAUCUCUAAUGUGUGCCAGUAAUUCAAUAGCCCGCAAAGUGGUUGCUUGCAAACAGAGUUAGUCUUUUGUUGAUUUGUGUAUCAUACCUUUAUUAUAAAUAAAGAUAAUUUUAUUAAAAUUCUAUUUGAAGUGCAACAAAUUUUGGAAACUGGAAACUUUCAAGCCUUGUUUUCAAACAACACAACAAUCAGUGAAUUGAGGAAGUUGUGUCAAACAUUAUUUGAAGCGCUGCAAGAUAAAAUCAUAGCUCUUAACCACCAGAAAAAAACCAAUAAGUAAUAUUACAGUUUUAUUGAAUUGAUAAUAUAUAUAUUUAAUGUUAUUUUUUCAAAUUUUAUUUACAGAAUAUUAGCUAAACGAUUGGAAGACUUAGAGGAACGGUUAAAAGCUAUUAAACAAGGUGAAGCCAUCAUUUCACCUUCACAAAUUUUACUGAAUGAAAAUGCUGAUACAUCUGACGAAACAGAUUUUGAUACAAGUUCCAUUGACGGUUAGUAAUUAAUGGUAAACAUUUUGCACAUCAAAUUAUCUACUUACUUCUCAAUAAUAUUUGCUAUGAAAUAGUAAGUAUUCAUUUUUUAAGUUAUCAUUAUUUUAGAUUUGAAGCGUAGCGAGAGAUUAUUGGUUUUAAUGUGAUCUGUUUUUUUUUUUUAUUAUUAUUUCUUUUGUGUAUGUGUGAACAACUUUAAUACCAAAAAUUUUACUCUGAUGUAUGAAGUGUAGCAUUUUUUCUAAAAGGAAAUUUUCUUCAGUUGGUGCAUUGCAGGUUAUUUUUAGAUUUUUCAAGGGAUUUUCAUAUUUAGGAAAAACUGAAUUAAAAAUUAUGGGGAAAAUGACAAAUAUCUACCGUGUAUCCCAUGAAGUUACCAAUUUCAUUGUUUUUAAUUUUUGUUAACUAUGUUUUAUACCAUAAAUAUUGCUCCAAUAGAAAAACGAUAGGAGACCUUUUUUGUUGUAUUUUGAAUCUAGUUUGGUAGUAAGAGACUCGUUAUUUAUUUUCCAAGUAGUUUUCAUAUUGAGAAAACCGGAAAAACUAACAAAUUUAUAAGUAUAACCAAAAUUUGCUCUGAAUCAUUUUUCAUGAGAAAUGGUUUAUCAUUGCUCAUAGGUAAACAUUAAAUAAAUUUAUGUAUUCUACCUUUGCAACUUCCCAUCUAAAACAGUGGCACACCCAGCCCCAGCUCUUUUUUUUUUGUAAUAUUUUGUUAAUCAAAAAUUGUUAAUAAAUGAAAAUAACUUAAAUGUUUACAAUAUUUUUUCAGAUUUGAAUGCUUGUAUAGUUUCCAAUGAAGAGUUGCAGGAAAUUGAAAGUAAGUUUCUAUUAAAAAAAAAUAUUAUGUAGUUGUCAUAUUAUUAAACCCAAAUACUUAAAAAUAUAUUUUUAAAAUUUGACAUAAAAUAUAUAUAUAACACAUACUUCUAAAUGUAGGUAUGUGAUAUAACUACUAUUGCCAAGUUCAUGAUGUACUUUUUUUUUCAGAUGUUAAUUUGGAAGAAUAUCCCAAUGAAAUGAAUAGUCUACCGAAAAAUUUACAACAACUAGUUGCUGAAGCUAUGAAAACUAUACAAUUUGAAUCGCCGUCCUCUAGUUUGACUAACAUUGACAUUAAUAAUUCAACAUCAGGUAUAAUAUGAUAUUUAAAACUGACUUUUUUUGUAAAACAUAUAAAAAUUGUACAAAAUUAUAACAUUUAUAUUUUUAUUAAUCAUAUACAACACAAGUAUAAUAUAACCAACACUUCUUAUUAUUUAAAUAACGAUAUUUACAUAAUUUAUUAAAUAUAUACCUCAAUAAAUACACUCAAUGUAAACCAAGUAAAAGUAAAAUGUUUAAAUGUUAAUUUUUCUUUGUCGGCUGGGUCCAGCUAAUGGUACAUCCCUUUCUUCCCAUAGAGUUACGCCAUCACAAGCGCAUAUCUUUUUAUUAUUCUCAAACAAACCAGAAGAUCUUGCAAUAAUGCCGCAAGCAAUUCUAAAAAAAAAAAAAAUAACUAUGAAUAAAACACGACUAGAAAAUAUAAUACUUUGUUUAAAUAAAUAGGUUAAUAAUUUAGAAACAAUUAUGAUAAACAAUUUUUUACUUUUUCCCACUAUUUCCAUCAAUUUCCGAUGUAUUUAUUUUGGUUUUACCAAAAUCGUCUUCAUAUUCUGUUAUGCCAACUGAUCGACCAAUUAUGCUUGAUAUAUUUAUUAAUUUAUCUUUAAAAUAAAAUAUUGCUCUGCCUUUUUCGUUAGCAGUGAUAUUUCCCAAAUCACCAGUGUGCUGUAAAAUAUUAAUUCAGUUUAUACAAUGUGUAAAAUGGAAUUACUUUUAGAAAGUUACAAAUUUUUAAACAUAGCAUUCUUAACAUUUAUUUUGAUUUAUUGACAUUUGAAAUGUAUUAGAUCACUUUUUUCUUUUUUGAAUUAAUUUUACAUUAUUUUUCUCUUUACAUGAAAUACAUAUUUUUUAUUUAAUCAGACUAUAUACAUGAUACUUAUAUUUUAUAUUAGUUUUUGAAAAAAAAUUUACACAAGUAAGUACAAUUUUGAUUUAUCAUGACUUGAUGAGAUAAAAUUAAUUGUGGUGAUGAAUUGUGACAUAAUAUUAUAAAAAUGUUAAACUAACUACAAGGUUAUUCAAGGAUUUCCACAAUUUAUUUUGACAUUUUAAUUGAAUCAUGUAAUAUUUUUUUAGGGAUUUUAAAAGCAUGUUUUAAAGUACCUUAAAUUCAUAGUUCUAAAUAUUAUUAAGAUUGUACUCAUUUUACUGUUAUAUGUUUACACAAACUUUAUAAAUAUACUUCUUGUUUUAAAAGUUAGUUAAUAGAGACAAAGAAAGUUAAAAGAAAAAAAAAGAGAAUGGCUAAACAAAAAUAUAAGCAUACAACUUUUAUAGGCAACUAAUGAUUAUGAAAUAAAGAAGAGUAUAAUUUUAAUGGCAAAGAACGGAGAGAAAAACAGUAUGAGAUUAGUUGCACUCACAUGCACUUUGGUAAAUAGGUUUUAAUAUGAGGGUAACUGAAUGUUUAUCAAAUGGAACAUGAUGGGUAAGCAAGUAAAUAAAAUUGUGAUAAGAAUGACUUAUCAUCAAAAUAUUAUUUAUUUAGUUAUUAAUCUAUACCCUAAGGUUUUCGUCAUCGGUUGGCCUUCCAUGUGGUGUUUGUUUCAAACUAAAAUGAUCUCCAAUACUGAAAAAAAAAAUCAGUUAGUUAUAAAAUAACUAUGAUGAAAUAUUAAUCAUUCACUACUUUUUACAUCCGUUUGAUAAAUCACCACAUUCGUAAAUGUGAAUGCCAUGUUUUCCGGGAGGUAAUCCAUCGAUAGUGCCAUCAACUAUACAUUCAUUUUCAUUAAUCUGAACAAACCGGACAAUGCCAUUUAUACCUAAACUACUAUGACCAGUUGAUCCUCCCAGCAUGGCAACAGCAGCACCCAAGUUCAUAUUGUCGUCUUCAAUAAAAAUAAAAAUAUACAUUUAUAUUUUUAAAAAGACCAGACUAUUUUCAUUUUGAAGUAAUAGAUGAAGACAUCAAAAAGUUUGAUUUUUCAUUUCGCUUCUUUUUAUUAGAGUUUAAUAUUUAAAACAUUUUUUUCAUAAUGUGUGUUUUUUAAUACUUAAUUCAUUAGUAUAAUCAAAACUUAUUUAUUAUUGUAUUUUUAGAGCUUUUGUACUUCACUUUAAAAAUAGUAUUUAUGGACUAAUACACAAUGCAUGGUUUAAAUGAUUGCAGGAGCAGUUCGCAAAAAAUUAGAGGAUAUUUCUGAUUAAAACAGUCUGAAUAAACGUAGCAAGUAUAAGUGUACCCAAAAUGCAAUGGUUUCUCCCAAUUACCUACGCAAUGUGAUUCUGUACAACAAAUCUGUGGAGACGGAGGAUGAGUAAUAUUAAAAUAAAAUGUUUUUAAUUAGAAUUGUUUUUUUUUUUUUUUUAUAAGGUGCACCUUUAAUUAGGUAUAGAAAGCUAACGUGUGUAAUUCUACAACUAACUCAAAUAUAUUUAUUUUGACUUCAACAAAUAAACUUGUAAUCAAAAAUUACAUAUAAAUAAAAGAUAAAAGCUUUAAUGUAAAAUGUUGACCACAUUUUGGACAAAUUCCAAAAAUGCUAUUUUUAAGGUAAAUGUAAAAAAAAUCUCAAAAUGUAAUUACAAUAGGUCAUUUUUGUUUAUUCACAAUGAAUAAAGCAUUAAAAAACAAAUUUUUUAAAAUAAAUAUUAAAUUGUCACUAAACAGUGUGCAUAACGAAAAAAAUUAUUUU